AUGUUGAGACAACCUGCGAACAGUCCCGCCGGUUUUGGCUCACCUCAUCAGCCGGAAGGGGCGGUUGGAGUUACAACUAACAAACCGGAGAAUGGUCUACCUUCCGACGCGCAUUCGGCACCACAACCACCGCCGGUGAACGAACGGAAAACUUUCUGUUCAACAGAAAAUAAACCUGGAGAAACGGAUUCCAAUAAAGUCUAUGGGACGUUUAAAAACCAGGCACCGGCGGUGCCUGUUAAUUCUGCCCUCCUCAUGGAUUCUGCUGGUACCGCGCCUCAGACGGAUGGUACAACCGUUCACGGGAAAGCUAUGUCCGAUGCAACGGCUAAUCAAGGUGCCAUGAGAAGCACCGUGGAACAAAACAAUGCCACUGGCAAUUGGACAACUAUGAGCCAGACCACCAUCAUACUGGGCACAGAUGGCAAUACGUCUGUUCUGCCUGGCACUGUAACCGGGGAGAAUGACGAUGAUGACGAGAGUGGAGAUGAGAAUAAAGUCAGAGGAAACUGGACUAAUAAAAUGGAUUUCAUCCUGUCCAUGGUUGGCUAUGCAGUAGGCUUGGGGAAUGUGUGGAGAUUUCCCUACCUUGCCUUCCAGAAUGGAGGAGGUGCUUUUUUGAUACCAUACCUGACAAUGUUGGGCAUCGCUGGAAUUCCAAUAUUUUUAAUGGAAGUUGUACUAGGUCAGUUUUCCAGUCAAGGCCCUGUGUCUGUAUGGAAAGCCAUCCCAGCGCUGCAAGGUUGCGGGAUUGCCAUGUUGAUAAUAUCUGUCUUGAUAGCCAUAUACUAUAAUAUUAUAAUGUGCUGGACACUGUACUACCUGUUCGCUUCGUUGAAGGGCUCACUACCCUGGGCUAACUGCAGGAAUGAUUGGAACACAAUGGACUGUAAAGACAAAGACAUGCUUCUCCUGGAGGCUACGUGUAUCUUUCGGGAUAGGAACAUAACAUCUGUAAAGAAUUCUUCGUUCUGCCUGUCUGCUAAUGCCGCUGGCAACCUUACCAGACUUUUAAACAUGACUUUGACAUCAAAUGAAACCAAAACAUAUGUCAGUCCCAGCGAGGAAUACUUCAAAUACAAUGUGCUGCACAUUUCCAAAGGAAUUGAAUUUCCGGGUGACAUUCGUUGGUCUUUGGCCUUGUGCCUAUUUAUGGCCUGGGUCAUUGUUUAUGUAUCUCUGGCUAAAGGAAUUAAGUCAUCCGGGAAGGUGGUGUACUUCACUGCCACGUUCCCCUAUGUGGUUCUGGUCAUCCUCCUGAUCCGAGGGAUCACUCUACCCGGCGCGUUUGAUGGGAUCCUCUACUUCAUCACACCCAAGUGGGAGAAGCUCAACGAUGCGAAGGUGUGGAAGGAUGCUGCAACCCAGAUUUUCUUCUCGUUGUCUGCAGCCUGGGGUGGACUCAUCACACUCUCCUCCUACAACAAGUUCCAUAAUAACUGCUACAGGGACACCAUCAUAGUGACGUGCACCAACAGUGCCACUAGUAUAUUUGCGGGCUUCGUCAUCUUCUCGGUCAUUGGCUUCAUGGCCCACGAGCUGAAGGUGCCCAUAGACAAGGUGGCUGAUGAAGGUCCUGGCAUAGCAUUUGUGGUGUACCCAGAAGCCCUCACCAGACUGCCCCUGUCCCCAUUCUGGGCCAUCAUCUUCUUUCUUAUGCUGCUCACGCUGGGACUGGAUACUAUGUUUGCCACCAUAGAGACCAUCGUAACGUCCGUGUCCGACGAGUUCCCCAAGUACCUGCGCAAGCACAAGCCUCUGUUCACCCUGGUGUGCUGUGUCUGCUUCUUCUUCCUGGGAUUCCCCAUGAUAACAGAGAGUGGAAUGUAUAUGCUGCAGCUAGUGGACACCUUUGCUGCCUCUUACUCUCUGGUCAUCAUUGCCAUAUGUGAGCUGCUUGGGAUCUCAUACUUAUACGGUUUACAGAGGUUCUGUGAAGACAUUGAAAUGAUGAUUGGGUUCCAGCCGAACAAGUUUUGGAGGAUCUGCUGGGCUUUUGUCACGCCAACCAUUCUGACAUUCAUCCUGGGAAUCAGCCUGUUCCAGUGGAAGGGGAUGACUUAUGAGGACUACAAAUACCCGCCCUGGUCCAUGGUGAUGGGCUGGCUCAUGGUCAUCUGUUCUGUGAUCUGGAUCCCCAUCAUGUUCGGCAUUAAAAUGCACCUGGCCCCCGGAUCCUUCAGUGAGAGAUUGAAGCUGGUGUGCUCUCCGCAGCCCGACUGGGGCCCCUUCCUGCUCAAGCACCGCGGCGAGCGCUACAAGAACAUGAUCGACCCGCUGGGCACCAACUCCCUGGGCCUCAAGCUCCCUCCCAAGGACCUCCAGAUGUCCACCCAGUACCAGUAA